CCUUGGAUCUCGGGGUGCAGCGUUCAAUGCUAACGCGCCAUGCCUCGCUUCACCGUCCACAUCCGUGAUGAGUGGCUGGCGGUGCCCUGCCGGGACACGUCCAACACGAUCCACUGGCUCGGACUGGAGGCGCUGAAACGGUAUAUUAAGAACAAACCGGACAACGGCGGCAUCGCGUCAGUGAGGGAGACGCGGUUCAUUGUGCGCAGGUGCCAGGGUUCGGGCUUGUUGGACGCAGAUGACACCAUCGAUGAUGUGCUGGAGGAUAAUGACUUCGUCGAGCUUGCAAUUGAAGGAGACACCAUGUCUCCUGACUUCAUCCCAUGUGAGCCUGGAGUUUCUAACAUAACAGCUGCAUACAAAGAACCAGGAGAAUACAUUUACUUAGAUGGCAACAGUCUGACAUCCACAGAUCUAGUUAACUUAGGAAGAGGACUCUACAAGAUAAAGCUGACCUCGGAGGCAGAGAGAAAAGUUGUGCAAGCACGAGAACUUUUGGACACCAUUGUCAAAGAAAACAAAGUUGUCUACGGAAUCACCACGGGUUUUGGGAAAUUUGCCCGAACUGUCAUUCCUGUCAGCAAGCUCAAGGAGCUGCAGGAAAACUUAGUGCGUUCACACUCAGCAGGUUUGGGGAACCCACUGAGCCCUGAGAGGACACGCAUGCUACUCGCUCUAAGGAUCAAUGUUUUGGCCAAGGGACACAGUGGCAUUUCUCUGGAAACUCUUCUUGCAAUGAUCCAAGCAUUCAAUGCUUCCUGCCUCUCCUUUGUUCCAGAGAAGGGAACAGUGGGUGCCAGCGGAGACCUGGCACCCCUCUCACACCUGGCCCUGGGGCUGAUGGGAGAGGGUAAAAUGUGGUCCCCAAAGAGCGGAUGGGCAGACGCCAAAUAUGUCCUGGAGGCUCAUGGGCUAAAGCCAGUAUCAUUAAAGCCUAAAGAGGGUCUUGCUCUGAUUAAUGGGACUCAGAUGAUCACCUCUUUAGGGGCGGAGGCAGUGGAGAGAGCCCAGGCGAUUGCUCGCCAGGCAGAUAUUAUUGCUGCUCUCACCCUGGAGGUGUUGAAGGGAACCACUAAGGCUUUUGACAGCGACAUCCAUGCUUUGCGGCCUCAUCCUGGACAGAUAGAGGUUGCUCAACGCUUCCGCUCGCUGCUGGACUCUGAUCACCACCUAUCCGAGAUUGCAGAGAGCCACAGGUUCUGUGACAGAGUCCAGGAUGCCUACACGAUGCGAUGCUGCCCUCAGGUUCAUGGGAUUGCAAAUGACACCAUCAAAUUUGUGCAGGACAUCAUCAACGUAGAAAUUAACAGUGCUACUGAUAAUCCUAUGGUAUUUGCAGAGCGAGGCGAGACCAUAUCAGGUGGGAAUUUCCACGGUGAAUACCCAGCAAAGGCUCUGGACUUUUUAGCCAUCGCCGUCCAUGAGCUGGCCUCCAUCAGUGAAAGGAGGAUUGAGAGGUUGUGUAACCCCUCCCUGAGCGAGCUGCCGGCCUUCCUCGUCAACGAGGGUGGCCUCAACUCAGGCUUCAUGAUCGCCCACUGCACUGCUGCUGCUUUAGUUUCAGAAAAUAAGGUUUUGUGCCACCCGUCCUCUGUGGACUCCUUGUCCACCAGUGCUGCCACAGAGGACCACGUAUCCAUGGGAGGCUGGGCCGCUCGCAAAUCCCUGAGGGUUGUAGAGCAUGUGGAGCAAGUUCUGGCUAUUGAACUGCUGGUGGCCUGUCAGGGCAUUGAGUUCCUCCGCCCACUUCGUACCACCACCCCUCUGGAGAAGGUCUAUGAACUUGUGCGCAGUGUGGUCAAGCCGUGGAUCAAAGACAGAUUCAUGUCUCCAGACAUUGAAGCUGUUCAUCGUCUCAUUAUAGACCAGAAGGUGUGGGAUGUGGCCAAACCGUACAUAGACAAGUAUCAGACUGAAUACAUCCCAGAGUCUCGUCCCAAUUCUCCCACUGCCUUCUCUCUGGAUCCUCCAGCAUCACCAAGGAAACGAGUUCGUCAUGAGUGAAAUGUCUUUUUGUUAUUGCAAGAACAACAACAAGCUCUAUUGACUAAAAAGAAACAAAGGUCUUUGGUGAUAUAAGAUUGAUGUGGAUGCUUUCUGUGUUUCCUGUGUUGAUUCAUGACAGUAAAUUCUGGGUAACUUUAGCCAUAUUCCUGUUAAACAUGUUUAUGUCGUCCAGCUUCUCUGUGGAGUAGUUAUAUUUGUCUAGAUCGUUGUCUCAUUGAAAUGGUAUUAAUUAACCCUUACUGCCUUGCAUCUACCUCAGUAUUUUUUUUUAAUUAUGAUGAAACAGGAUGAAGUAUUUUCCUGGAAUAAUUACUCCCCAAGAGUUUUUACUUGUCCAAACAGUGUGCAGGAUGUUUAUUCUUGUUUUUAGAUUAAGUGAAUUUCAGUUUUAAUCAACUGCUGACUUAAUAUUUCUUACUUGAAAUAAAACUGUACAAAUCUGA